AGGUGAAAAACUGGAAAAGUGGUUAACUGGAAAACUGGAUUACAAUGCAAUCGCAGCGCAGCCGACGUCGCAGUCGCGCACCAAGCACUUGGAUUUGUUUUUGGAUUAACAAAAUGCACGCCGUUGCAUCGCUGCCGGCGUCGCUGCCUCUGCUGCUGCUGACGCUGGCGUUUGCGAAUUUGCCAAACACCGUCCGCGGAACUGAUACCGCGUUGGUGGCCGCUUCCUGCACAAGUGUGGGUUGCCAGAAUGGCGGCACCUGCGUCACACAGCUCAAUGGCAAAACCUACUGCGCAUGCGAUUCGCACUAUGUCGGCGACUACUGUGAACACCGCAAUCCGUGCAACUCGAUGCGUUGCCAGAAUGGCGGCACCUGUCAGGUGACCUUUCGCAACGGCCGCCCGGGCAUCUCCUGCAAGUGUCCUUUGGGCUUCGACGAGUCCCUGUGCGAAAUCGCGGUGCCGAACGCCUGCGACCAUGUGACCUGCCUCAAUGGCGGCACCUGUCAGCUGAAGACACUGGAGGAGUACACGUGUGCGUGUGCCAAUGGCUACACAGGUGAACGAUGCGAAACGAAGAAUCUGUGCGCCAGUUCUCCCUGCCGGAAUGGAGCCACCUGCACCGCCCUGGCCGGAAGCAGCAGCUUCACCUGCUCCUGUCCGCCGGGCUUCACGGGCGACACCUGUUCCUACGACAUCGAGGAGUGCCAGUCGAAUCCCUGCAAGUACGGCGGCACAUGCGUCAACACCCACGGAUCUUACCAGUGCCUGUGUCCCACGGGCUACACGGGAAAGGAUUGCGACACCAAGUACAAGCCCUGCUCGCCAUCGCCCUGCCAGAAUGGCGGAGUUUGCCGCUCCAACGGUCUGUCCUACGAGUGCAAGUGCCCCAAAGGUUUCGAGGGCAAGAACUGCGAGCAGAACUACGACGACUGCCUGGGACAUCUUUGCCAGAACGGAGGAACCUGCAUCGAUGGCAUCUCGGACUACACCUGCCGCUGUCCGCCGAACUUCACGGGCAGAUUCUGCCAGGACGACGUGGACGAGUGCGCCCAGCGGGAUCACCCGGUGUGCCAGAACGGAGCCACCUGCACGAACACCCACGGAUCGUACAGCUGCAUCUGCGUGAAUGGCUGGGCGGGCUUGGACUGCAGCAACAACACGGACGACUGCAAGCAGGCGGCCUGUUUCUACGGAGCCACGUGCAUCGAUGGCGUUGGCAGCUUCUACUGCCAGUGCACGAAGGGCAAGACGGGGCUGCUGUGCCACCUGGACGACGCCUGCACCUCGAAUCCCUGCCACGCGGACGCCAUUUGCGACACGAGCCCGAUAAACGGCUCCUACGCCUGCUCCUGUGCCACCGGCUACAAGGGCGUGGACUGCUCGGAGGACAUAGAUGAGUGCGACCAGGGAUCCCCGUGCGAACACAACGGCAUAUGCGUGAACACGCCGGGCAGCUACAGAUGCAACUGCUCCCAGGGCUUCACGGGUCCGCGCUGCGAGACGAACAUCAACGAGUGCGAAUCGCAUCCCUGCCAGAACGAGGGAUCCUGCCUGGACGAUCCGGGAACCUUCCGGUGCGUCUGCAUGCCAGGAUUCACGGGCACCCAGUGCGAGAUCGACAUCGACGAAUGCCAGUCGAAUCCCUGCCUGAACGACGGAACCUGCCACGACAAGAUCAACGGCUUUAAAUGCAGUUGUGCCCUGGGCUUCACGGGCGCACGAUGUCAGAUCAACAUAGACGACUGCCAGUCGCAGCCGUGCAGGAAUCGGGGCAUCUGCCACGACUCCAUAGCGGGCUACAGCUGCGAGUGUCCGCCGGGCUACACGGGCACCAGUUGCGAGAUCAACAUCAACGACUGCGACUCGAAUCCCUGCCAUCGGGGCAAGUGCAUCGACGACGUGAACAGCUUCAAGUGCCUCUGUGACCCCGGCUACACGGGCUACAUAUGCCAGAAGCAGAUCAACGAGUGCGAAUCGAAUCCCUGCCAGUUCGACGGCCACUGCCAGGACCGCGUGGGCAGCUACUACUGCCAGUGCCAGGCGGGAACCAGUGGCAAGAACUGCGAGGUCAACGUGAACGAGUGCCACAGCAAUCCCUGCAACAAUGGAGCCACCUGCAUCGACGGCAUCAACUCGUACAAGUGCCAGUGCGUGCCCGGCUUCACGGGCCAGCACUGCGAGAAGAACGUGGACGAGUGCAUCAGCAGUCCGUGCGCCAACAAUGGGGUCUGCAUAGACCAGGUGAACGGCUACAAGUGCGAGUGUCCCCGUGGAUUCUACGACGCCCACUGCCUGAGCGACGUGGACGAGUGCGCCUCGAAUCCGUGCGUGAACGAGGGACGCUGCGAGGACGGAAUCAACGAGUUCAUCUGCCACUGCCCGCCGGGAUACACGGGCAAGCGGUGCGAGCUGGACAUCGACGAGUGCAGCAGCAAUCCCUGCCAGCAUGGAGGCACCUGCUACGACAAGCUCAACGCCUUCAGCUGCCAGUGCAUGCCGGGCUAUACGGGCCAGAAGUGCGAAACGAAUAUUGACGACUGUGUGACCAAUCCCUGCGGAAACGGAGGCACCUGCAUCGACAAGGUCAACGGUUACAAGUGCGUCUGCAAAGUGCCCUUCACGGGCAGGGACUGCGAGAGCAAGAUGGAUCCCUGCGCCAGCAAUCGGUGCAAGAACGAGGCCAAGUGCACGCCGAGCUCGAACUUCCUGGACUUCUCCUGCACCUGCAAGCUGGGCUACACGGGCCGGUAUUGCGAUGAGGACAUAGACGAGUGCUCGCUGAGCUCACCCUGCCGGAAUGGAGCUAGCUGCCUGAAUGUUCCCGGGUCGUACAGGUGCCUCUGCACCAAGGGCUACGAGGGCAGGGACUGCGCCAUCAAUACGGACGACUGCGCCUCGUUUCCGUGCCAGAACGGCGGAACCUGUCUGGACGGGAUCGGUGACUACAGCUGCCUGUGCGUGGAUGGCUUCGAUGGCAAGCACUGCGAGACGGACAUCAAUGAGUGCCUGAGUCAGCCGUGCCAGAAUGGAGCCACGUGCAGUCAGUACGUGAACAGCUACACCUGCACCUGUCCACUCGGAUUCUCCGGCAUCAAUUGCCAGACGAACGACGAGGACUGCACGGAGAGCUCCUGCUUAAACGGUGGCAGCUGCAUCGACGGCAUCAAUGGCUACAACUGCAGCUGCCUGGCUGGGUACUCCGGUGCCAAUUGUCAGUACAAGCUGAACAAGUGCGAUUCGAAUCCCUGCCUGAACGGAGCCACCUGCCACGAGCAGAACAACGAGUACACCUGCCAUUGUCCCAGUGGCUUCACGGGCAAGCAGUGCUCCGAGUAUGUGGACUGGUGUGGCCAAUCGCCGUGCGAGAAUGGGGCGACCUGUAGCCAGAUGAAGCAUCAGUUUAGCUGCAAGUGCUCGGCGGGAUGGACGGGUAAGCUGUGCGAUGUUCAGACCAUAUCCUGCCAGGAUGCGGCGGAUCGGAAGGGUCUGAGCCUCCGGCAGUUGUGCAACAAUGGCACGUGCAAGGAUUACGGAAAUAGUCACGUGUGCUACUGCUCCCAGGGCUACGCGGGUAGCUAUUGCCAGAAGGAGAUCGACGAGUGCCAGUCGCAACCGUGCCAGAAUGGAGGAACCUGCCGAGAUCUCAUUGGAGCCUACGAGUGCCAGUGUCGCCAGGGCUUCCAGGGUCAGAACUGCGAACUGAACAUCGAUGACUGUGCCCCGAAUCCCUGCCAGAAUGGCGGCACCUGCCACGACCGGGUGAUGAACUUCAGCUGCAGCUGUCCACCGGGAACGAUGGGUAUCAUAUGCGAGAUCAACAAGGACGACUGCAAACCGGGAGCCUGCCACAACAACGGCAGCUGCAUCGAUCGCGUCGGAGGCUUCGAGUGCGUCUGCCAACCCGGUUUCGUGGGUGCCCGCUGCGAGGGCGACAUCAACGAGUGCCUGAGCAAUCCCUGCUCGAAUGCCGGCACCCUGGACUGCGUCCAGCUGGUCAAUAACUACCACUGCAACUGCCGACCUGGACACAUGGGUCGGCACUGCGAGCACAAGGUGGACUUCUGUGCCCAGAGCCCGUGCCAGAAUGGCGGCAACUGCAACAUCCGACAGAGUGGCCACCACUGCAUCUGCAAUAAUGGAUUCUACGGGAAGAACUGUGAGCUGAGUGGCCAGGACUGUGAUUCGAAUCCCUGCCGGGUGGGCAACUGUGUCGUCGCGGACGAGGGAUUCGGCUACAGAUGCGAUUGUCCGAGGGGCACACUGGGUGAGCACUGCGAGAUCGAUACCCUGGACGAAUGUUCGCCGAAUCCCUGUGCCCAGGGAGCUGCUUGCGAGGACCUCCUGGGCGACUUCGAGUGCCUCUGCCCGAGCAAAUGGAAGGGCAAACGCUGCGAUAUCUACGAUGCCAACUACCCGGGAUGGAAUGGCGGUUCGGGAUCCGGAAAUGAUCGCUACGCCGCUGAUCUGGAGCAGCAACGGGCCAUGUGCGACAAGCGGGGCUGCACCGAAAAGCAGGGCAACGGCAUCUGCGAUUCCGAUUGCAAUACGUACGCCUGCAACUUCGAUGGGAACGAUUGCUCCCUGGGCAUCAACCCGUGGGCCAAUUGCACGGCCAACGAGUGCUGGAACAAGUUCAAGAACGGCAAGUGCAACGAGGAGUGCAACAAUGCCGCCUGCCACUACGAUGGUCACGACUGCGAGCGGAAACUGAAGAGCUGCGACAGCCUGUUCGACGCCUACUGCCAGAAGCACUACGGCGACGGCUUCUGCGACUACGGAUGCAACAAUGCGGAGUGCAGCUGGGACGGCCUCGACUGCGAGAACAAGACCCAGUCACCGGUGCUGGCCGAGGGCGCCAUGUCCGUGGUGAUGCUGAUGAAUGUGGAGGCGUUCCGCGAGAUUCAGGCCCAGUUCCUCAGGAAUAUGAGCCACAUGCUGCGCACAACGGUGCGGCUGAAGAAGGACGCCCUGGGCCACGACAUCAUCAUCAACUGGAAGGACAAUGUGCGCGUGCCGGAGAUCGAGGACACGGACUUUGCGAGGAAAAACAAGAUCCUGUACACGCAACAAGUCCACCAGACGGGCAUUCAAAUCUAUUUGGAGAUUGACAAUCGCAAGUGCACCGAGUGCUUCACCCACGCCGUGGAGGCGGCCGAGUUCCUGGCUGCCACGGCGGCCAAACAUCAGCUGAGGAACGACUUCCAGAUACACAGUGUGCGGGGCAUUAAGAAUCCCGGCGAUGAGGACAAUGGCGAGCCGCCGGCGAAUGUGAAGUACGUGAUUACCGGCAUCAUACUGGUCAUCAUUGCAUUGGCCUUCUUUGGCAUGGUCUUGAGCACGCAAAGGAAGCGGGCGCAUGGCGUCACCUGGUUCCCGGAGGGAUUCCGAGCACCGGCGGCGGUUAUGUCGCGGCGUCGACGUGAUCCCCACGGCCAAGAGAUGCGGAACCUCAACAAGCAGGUGGCCCUGCAGUCGCAGGGUGUUGGCCAGCCGGGUGCUCAUUGGUCCGACGAUGAAUCGGAUAUGCCGUUGCCCAAGCGCCAGCGCAGCGAUCCCGUUUCCGGUGUGGGUCUGGGCAACAAUGGUGGCUACGCCAGUGAUCACACCAUGGUCAGCGAGUACGAGGAGGCGGAUCAGAGGGUCUGGUCGCAGGCCCACCUGGAUGUGGUCGAUGUGCGGGCCAUAAUGACGCCGCCGGCGCACCAGGAUGGCGGAAAGCACGACGUGGAUGCACGCGGACCUUGCGGACUGACACCCCUAAUGAUUGCAGCCGUGCGAGGCGGAGGCCUGGACACGGGCGAGGACAUCGAGAACAACGAGGACAGUACGGCCCAGGUGAUUUCGGAUUUACUGGCACAGGGAGCCGAGCUGAAUGCCACAAUGGACAAAACGGGCGAGACAUCACUGCAUUUGGCAGCUCGUUUCGCUCGAGCAGAUGCCGCCAAGAGAUUACUGGACGCCGGAGCGGAUGCCAAUUGCCAGGAUAACACGGGCAGGACACCACUGCACGCUGCUGUGGCCGCCGACGCCAUGGGUGUAUUCCAGAUACUGCUUAGGAACAGGGCUACCAAUCUCAACGCCCGAAUGCACGACGGCACAACGCCACUGAUACUGGCAGCUCGUCUGGCCAUCGAGGGCAUGGUGGAGGAUCUGAUCACCGCCGAUGCGGAUAUCAAUGCGGCGGACAACUCCGGCAAGACCGCUCUCCACUGGGCAGCGGCGGUUAACAACACCGAGGCGGUGAACAUUCUGCUAAUGCACCACGCCAAUCGCGACGCCCAGGACGACAAGGACGAGACACCGCUGUUCCUGGCCGCGCGCGAGGGCAGCUACGAGGCGUGCAAGGCGCUGCUGGACAACUUUGCCAAUCGCGAGAUUACCGAUCACAUGGACCGACUGCCGCGCGACGUGGCCAGCGAGCGACUGCAUCACGAUAUCGUCAGGCUGCUGGACGAGCAUGUGCCGCGAUCUCCGCAAAUGCUGAGCAUGACGCCGCAGGCCAUGAUCGGAUCCCCGCCGCCGGGUCAGCAGCAGCCGCAGCUGAUCACACAGCCGACGGUCAUUUCCGCCGGAAACGGCGGCAACAAUGGCAACGGCAACGCCAGCGGAAAGCAGAGCAGCCAGACGGCCAAGCAGAAGGCGGCCAAGAAGGCCAAGCUGAUCGAGGGCAGUCCCGACAACGGACUGGACGCCACGGGCAGCUUGCGACGCAAGGCCAGUUCAAAAAAGACAAGUGCGGCCUCAAAAAAGGCCGCCAACCUGAAUGGCCUGAAUCCGGGCCAGCUGACGGGCGUGUCGGGCGUGCCGGGUGUACCGCCCUCGAAUUCAGCGGCACAAGCAGCUGCAGCGGCAGCGGCAGCCGUGGCGGCCAUGUCCCACGAACUGGAGGGAUCGCCGGUGGGCGUGGGCAUGGGCGGGAAUCUGCCCAGUCCGUACGACACCAGCUCGAUGUACUCGAACGCGAUGGCCGCACCGCUGGCGAACGGCAAUCCGAACACAGGCGCCAAGCAGCCGCCGAGCUAUGAGGAUUGCAUCAAGAAUGCGCAGUCGAUGCAAUCGCUGCAGGGCAACGGUCUGGACAUGAUCAAGCUGGAGAACUACGGCUACUCGAUGGGCUCGCCAUUUCAGCAGGAGCUGCUCAACGGCCAAGGACUCGGGAUGAAUGGGAACGGCCAGCGGAACGGAGUCGGGCCCGGCGUCCUGCCCGGCGGCCUCUGCGGAAUGGGCGGCCUGACUGGAGCCGGCAACGGAAAUAGCCACGAGCAGGGACUCAGUCCGCCGUACUCGAACCAGUCGCCGCCGCAUUCGGUGCAGAGCAGCCUGGCGCUUUCGCCGCACGCGUACUUGGGCUCGCCAUCGCCGGCCAAGUCGCGACCCAGUCUACCCACCUCGCCCACCCACAUCCAGGCGAUGAGGCAUGCCACACAGCAGAAGCAGUUCGGUGGCAGCAAUCUGAAUAGCCUGCUGGGCGGUGCCAAUGGAGGGGGCGUGGUCGGCGGAGGAGGAGGUGGUGCAGGUGGCCAGGGGCCACAGAACUCGCCCGUGAGCUUGGGAAUCAUCUCGCCGACGGGCAGCGACAUGGGCAUCAUGCUCGCCCCGCCCCAAUCCUCGAAGAACAGUGCAAUAAUGCAGACGAUAUCACCCCAGCAACAGCAGCAGCAGCAGCAACAGCAGCAACAUCAGCAGCAGCAACAGCAGCAGCAGCAGCAGCAACAGCAGCAACUCGGAGGCCUGGAGUUCGGUUCAGCGGGCUUGGACCUGAAUGGAUUUUGUGGAUCUCCGGACUCAUUUCACUCGGGUCAAAUGAAUCCGCCCUCGAUACAAAGUUCGAUGUCCGGCUCGUCGCCGUCGACCAACAUGCUGUCGCCGUCGUCGCAGCACAACCAGCAGGCCUUCUACCAGUACCUAACGCCUCCGAGCCAGCAUUCCGGCGGCCAUACGCCGCAGCACUUGGUCCAAACGCUGGACAGCUACCCGACGCCCUCGCCGGAGUCACCUGGCCACUGGUCCUCAUCCUCGCCGCGAUCGAAUUCCGAUUGGAGCGAGGGCGUCCAGUCGCCGGCGGCAAAUAAUCUCUACAUUUCCGGUGGCCAUCAGGCCAACAAGGGAUCCGAGGCCAUCUACAUUUGACCGUGAGCGCGAGGUGAUCUGGAUGAUCGGAUGAUGGACAUCGCGCCAGGAUAAUUGGAUGGUUCGCCAAGGAUAACAGCAGAGGGACUCUUAAAGAGUCCGCGGCUACGUUCGAUCUAAAAUGCUAUAUAUUGUAAUUCUCUAAUCCCUACGAUUAUGUAUUUUUUCACGCGACUUUUUUUUUUUUGUGUGUCUAUAAGUUUUAGUUGUUAGUUCGAAAUACGCAAUUCUAGCGGAAGAAGCGUCAUAAAUUGUAGUAACUUAAAUUAUUUUAAUGCUUGUUGUACAGUGCGCGCCGAUCGCAUAUAUAUAUAUAUAUAGAUAUUGAUAUAGAUAUAUGUAUAUCUGCUCAUAGAUAUACCAGUUAAGAGCUCGUUUUGUGGCGCAUUUUAUUUUAUUGUCGUAACGUCAUCGUAGCUUCCAGUAAAAAAAAGAACAAAAAAACAAAAGAAUCAACAUAAUGAGAUGAGGAACUAAACUUAGCGCAAAUUCUGAUUGAUCGAUUAUACGUUUGUGGGACAUUUGUAGUUGUAAGCGACCAUUAUAUCACUAGGCCAUAAGACUACGCUAAGUUUUUAUCGAAUUCUACACUUAAUUGUGGCCCACAUGCUAUAUGAAUACAUAAAUUUCGUAGUUCUGUAGGCUUUGAAACUGAAGUGCUUAUAUAAACAAAAUUGUUAGACCGUACACCGCAUCGAACCUUUUUUUUUACACCGAGUUUUUUUUUAUUAUUAUUAUUAUGACUAUUAUGUAUUAUUACAUACUGACUAAGCUAAACUGUAAAAAGAUUCUCAUAACUGUUCGAUUUAAGUUGACACAUACAAAUACAAAAGGAUUUGCAAAAAUUACACAAAAAUCACCAAUGGAAACGUAUAAGUCUAAUUGAAAGAUGAAAAAGAAAAGGAAAAACCCCGAAAUGACAGUAACCAGCCAAGUUUACUAUAUAUAUAAGGCCCCUCUACGAUCUAAGUUGAUGAACAGAUAUUUUCAAAAAAUAUACAACAGAAAGAACACACUUAGAGAACUGCAAGUGCGAUUUUCUCGUUCGAUUUGCACUAAUUUUAAUUUGAAACGGUAUUGCUUUCUUUCGUCUAUAUUUUGUGUGUAAGUUUUUAAUGUGUAAAUUGUAAAAUUACUUGUUUUCCUAACUUAAACAGCCAGACAGCAAAACGAAACUGCAACCUUUUUGAGAUAAAUAAUAAAUAUUAAAUAAUUAUUUUAAAA